UCUUAUGGCACCGGAAUCCUUCACCGGAGAUGAGAAGCCCACUUAUUUCCACUUCUACAUGCACGACGACUACGGCGGCUCGAACCCGAGCUCCGCCAAAGUCGUGUCGGGGCCUCCGGCGAUGGCGGGCGCGGGGCCGCGGUUCUUCGGCGACAUCGUGGUGCUGAACAACGCACUGACGGAGGGGCCGGAGGCGACGUCGCGGGCGGUGGGGAGGGCGCAGGGGUUCGCGGCGCGAGUGUCCAGGGACGGGACGGUGUCGGAGCUGGUGAUGACGGUGGUGUUCGAGGAGGAGGGUCCGCACAAGGGCAGCACCAUCACGGUGCUCGGCCUAGUGGAUCUCAGCCUGCCGGUGAGGGAGCUCCCUAUCGUCGGCGGCACGGGGGUGUUCCGUCUGGUGCGGGGGCAUGCCUUCACCAAGAGUCACGACUACAACCUCGACACCGGAGGGGCGGUGGAGAUGGAGUUCCACCUCAUACACAAUUAAUAAUUAUCAGAUAAAACUACCGUGAAGGGGCCAUCAUACCCAAUCACGUGAUUUAAUAAUAAGAUCCUGCGUGCUGUAAUCUAAUCUCAGUCAACGACUAUGAGUUGACCAAAAAUCAAGCCCACUGGAGCUCACAGUGACGGUGGUUGGCGGUCAAAUAUUAUGUGAUUUAUAUUACGUGAGUGUGAGUGUGAGUGUUUGAGUGUGAGUGUGAGUUUACUUUCAGUAUGAAUUGUUAUUUUAUUAUGUGAUUGUGUGUUUAUUUUUA